AUGAGGCCCGGGGCGUUGGGAGCGCACUGGGUGGACGAGACGGUGCUUGGGACGAGGGCCAGUCUGGACGUGGCCUCGAGCCCGGCCAGGCUGCGGCUGACGGAUAUCAAAGCUGCUGACGCCGGACUCUACAAGUGCAGGGUGGACUUCAGGCGUCAGCCCACCAAAACGACCCGCGUCAGCCUCGCCGUGAUUGCCAUUCAAAAGACCUUUGUCAAGAGAAAGGGGUUUUCGGCAAGAGGUUCUCUUUCACCUCCUCAUGAUCUGCAUCAUGCCUCAGGCGACCUUGACAAAGACCCAAGACGGCAACUGCUAAAAAGUAGUACGUACCCUGGUCUGCAUAAACUAACACUCCAUCCGAGAACUUAUCCCUCACACCUUCGUUCCACCUGCACAGUUCCACCCACUGGCGUCUCCGUGCUGUACGAGGGUCGGCCCGUAACGAGCGUGGUGGGGCCGUAUAGGGAGGGAGAGACAGCGUCACUCACUUGCUUAUCUCAUGGAGUUUUUCUUCUCUUCUUUCUCUCUCCUUCUCCCAACUCCAAAGGAUCUCCGCCCCCUCGCAUCCAGUGGUACGUGGGUGACCGGCUCCUCGACGACCAAAUGGAUGAAGAAUCACAGUUCCAAAUAGGGGACGGUAAUACGCUCCUCCAAGGGCCCGCCUCCCAAACCAUCCUCGCAAAUACGCUCACUCUAGGGCCCUUUAAACGCAGCGAUCUGAAGAAACUUGUGACGUGUGAAGUUAGCAAUACCAAUUUGACCAACCCGCUUUCGGCCGCCGUCAUGAUCGACAUGAACUUGAAGCCAUUGAGUGUGCAGCUGCUUGGGCCCGAGGAACCAUUAAGUGCAGACAAGGACUAUGAUCUGGUGUGCGAUGUCAGGGGUUCACGCCCGCCGCCCACGAUCACAUGGUGGAAGGGAACGACCCGGGUGCAAGGAGCUCGAGAGACGACGACCAACGAUGGCAACAUGACCACCUCCACCCUCACCCUCACCCCCCCCCCCGACGACGGCACGACGGUCACCUGCCGCGCCAAGAACCCCGCCACCAACGGUCAUCGAGCAGUCCCUCGCCCUCGCCGUCUACUAAACAUUCUCGAGCAGGAAUUUCACCCGCUCCGCUCUUUGGUGUUUGCCGCAGACGUGCCCGAGGCUGUGAUUUCCCUCGGAUCGUCCUUGAACCCGGAGAGCAUCAAGGAGAAGGACGACGUCUACUUCGAGUGCUCCAUCCAAGCGAAUCCCCGAGCCUACAAAGUCACUUGGCAGCACAAUGGACGUCCCUUGCAACACAACAUCACUUCGGGGAUCAUCGUGAGCAACCAGAGUCUCGUCCUUCAGAGAGUCACCCGUCGGCACGCUGGGGACUAUUCAUGCACAGCUUCCAAUAUCGAAGGAGAUGGCAUUUCAAAUCUCAUCAAGCUGGAUAUCAAGUACGCCCCUGUGUGCGCGCCAGGCCAGAUCACAACUUACGGCGUGGCGAGGCUCGAAGACGCCGAAGUGACGUGUCGUGUAGCGGCCAAUCCUGAGGCUCAGGGCUUCAAGUGGACCUUCAACAACACGGCCGACACGAUCGACGUGCCUCCGGGGCUAUUUAUUUUUAUGUUCGACGCAGGCAAGCCGGAUCCUCCCGCCAACUGCACCGUCACCAACCAGACGUCCACCUCAUUCAGCGUCGCCUGCCAGGCCGGGUUCGACGGUGGCCUUCGACAGAUAUUUGUCCUCAGGGUGGCAAGACCCGGCACGCAGGGGCACAACCACACAGCGGGCCAGCCAGUCUUUCAGGUGAGCCAGCUGCAGCCAGACACGACCUACAGGCUACAGAUCUGGGCUGUCAAUGACAAAGGAGCGAGCCCUUUCGUCCACCUGCGGGCCUUCACCACGCACCGCCGACGCACACAGACCAUGAACCUUAGCAAGAGAGCAAAAUCUGGCGUGUCAUUUUCCACUUGUCCUGCAAAUGCCACUGACAUAUCCACAGUGGUGGCAGAGGUCCGUGAGGAGACAGGGACUGACAACGGAGGUGUCAGCACAGGUGGAGGCACGAGCAAAGGCGGCAAUGGCGGAGGCGUUGGCAACACUGACUCCAGUAUCAGCUUGCUGCCCGAAGACGUGGGCGACGUUCCUAUCUUGGUCUCAGCUGUGGUGGGCGCUUCUGUGGGCAUCGUGUUACUGCUGCUUUUGCUGGGGCUGUUGCUGCGGCAGCGUGUGCGACGCCCCCAGCCGCCCCCGACGCCCCAGGCCAGCCACAGCGUGCAGGUUAAAUCCCCGGUCCCGAUCUUGAAGCGAGAGACCCACACUUGCCCUGAAAGAGAGAUGCAGGAGCCUGCGACCUUUGAAGAUUUAUAUGGACCUUGGGACAAAGGGCUGGGAACCACUGAAGGAUGGUGCACUCAUCCAAAUGAUCUCAGCGCAUAUCGGUGUAUUGUGGUGGAGAGCGAGAGCGACGCGGACCCCGACCUCAUACCGCAGCAGCUGCCCAGCUCUGCCCUCUCACCAUCUGGCCCCCUCCUCAGACCGCCUGCUAAUUAUGGGGGCGGAGACACCUCCUUCUGCGAGGUCGUGCCCCAUGGAGUGGUUGGGGGAGGGGGAGUGCUGGGAGGACCCGGGGGGUGCACACCAGUUGAUGCCGGCCUACCCCACCAGCCUGCCGUGAGCAGCUCUACCUCAACGCCGCACCACCACCAACAGUCACUCCUGCCGCAGCCACAGCACGCCUACCAGCACGACCCGACGAAUGACCCUCGUUACGCCCACCUUGACCUCGAGCACGGGAGUCACCACGAAGCCGCAGUAGCUGCCCAUCGGCCAAGGGUCGUCCCGACGGUGUACGCGACGUUGGAUACACGACACGCCCAUUCGCGAGCCCAUGUGACCUUUGACCUUAGACAGGCUCACAGCCAAGCGAGUCUCGACAUGGCGCGGUCCCACGAGCUUCCGUCUUGCUCUCAGCGAGGACGCGCCCUUAGUCGUGACCUGACUCCUCAUACACAUGAGUCCACCACGCAUGACCUAAGCUACGGCCACCAGAGGUCACCACAACCUCACGACCCAGGCCGACCUCUUCUGGAUGAUGACGCCACGCCUGACACGCCCUUGGUCGGCAAGAGAGAAAGUUCAGUAUGAUACGGGGAAGCCGAAUAGUAAGCGAGGUCAAACGUCGUCGGAUUUUGACUUCACCUCGACUGACUCUCCCACCGACCGGAAAAUGCCUCCGUGAGUUUGACCUUCGUGGAACGCUUUCAUACACGAUGGAAACAUACAUUUAAAAAGUAAAUAAGUAGAUAAAAAGGGAACUCUUAUGAGCCACAGAAGAGCCAGAGACUCUUAAAAGGGGGAAAAAUAUUUUAUAAACUCAUACCUUCGAGAGCGCUGAACCUGUGGUUUUUACCCCAACAGGAGAUGAAAGAACUCUGCUGCUAUAUUGCCACAGUUCAUUCGGAAACGAAAGUUGUGCGCCAAGUGCCAGCCGACAUUGGACAGGAAAAAGACUUGCAGCUUAUAAUAAUGAACUCCUCUUGUAAAAAAAAAAAUAAUAAAUCUGAAAAAAAAGGAAUGUGACACUACGCGAAGACAGUCGAGCAGAAUUUGGUGUCGCUUAUAUUCGUUCUGUGAUUUCGGUUCGAUUACAGAAAAUCAAAUAGUUUUGUCUUGUGUUUGUUUUCCUUUCUUUCCCCUGGAAUAAGUAUAAGGAACGGGGAAAAGUGCAUGUUGGUUAGUAUGGAUUGUAUUGCGGUUUAUCUAUUAUUGAAUACACAUGUUGCAUUAUUCAGUGUGUAAUAUUGCAGGAAUUUUGUAUUAAGGCGUGCAGUACUCUCUCAUUUUCUAUGAGAAAAAAUGAAGAAAUAUAUUGUCAGUGCGUGGAGAACAAAUAGAAACACAUAAUGAUAUUCAUAUCUACACACACAUAUACAUACACAUGCCAUCGCGUGCAUUCUCACAGAUCCAACAUAUGAGAGAUUGGAAUUUAUCAAUGACCAUUUCCCGCUACUGGUUCACUUUUUAGCGCAGGAGAAGUGACACGGUUUUACAAUAAUCGAAUCAGGUUCUGCGGAGAUGAGGUGAAAUGAUUAAGGCGCGAAUGAUAUAAAUAAUAUACACUGGAAAUGAUCUGCCUAUUGUUCGAGUUACAUAUUUUGUUUAACAAACACAAAUAUUUCUAUAUACUUUAAUUACGUUUCGUUCUUUUAUGGUAAAGGAUGUGAAUAAUUAACAAUGCAUCUUUAAUUAAUCUGAUUUAUUCGUAAAAGUCUUAUUAAACAUCGCAUGACAUCCCUCAUACAGUGUUCUUAUAAUUAUUGUAAAAAAUAACAAUUCCCGGAGGAAAGAACUCCGCGUUAUUUAAACCGUUAUUUAUCCUCGGAAAUGCAGAAAUUUAAUCCAAAGCGACAAUCAAUCAUCAAUCUUAAUUACAAAGAAAGAUAUAAAAAAAAAACGAAUAUAUUAAAAUCGUUCGGAUAUGUGCAAUAUAUUUCGUAACAACUAAGUAUUUUCGAUAUUAAUGCCACGGUUAGUGGUGAAAGAUAAAAUUAGAAUGUGUGAUAUUCGACCAAAAUCUGACGUAAUCAUAUGUUAAGGAAAAGUACUGUAAAUCUCAGGAACAUUAGGAGAUUGAAAUUAAUAUUUUGUUUUAUUUUUAUUAUUUUUUAAGAAUAUUGAUUUUCGGCACAUUUCUAUUCUGCACAACAGUCCCUUGAAGAAUGUAUAGAGUGCUGCAUGAAUUGUAAAUUUUUAUUAUUAUUGGUAUUAUAACUAUUAUUAUUAUUAUCAUCAUCAUCAUCAUCGUCAUUAUUAUUAGUAGUAGUAGUACUACUACUACAACUACUGUUG